UUGUAUAAUUGCUGACUUAGAUUUAGCUCAAGUGCAAGAUCUUGGCUUAGUAUUAAAUGAAAUUGAUAAAACAAAAAGUUGGGAAGAUCAUUUAGUUCAUAUAUUUAAGUCAUGUCAUGUACACUAUAAACGUAAUAUUUUAAAUAAAAAAUAUGAUAAUGCUAUUACAAAUAAUAUGCUUGGACUUCUUACAGCUGAUUCAGAAGAUGCGAUUAAUAAAUUAUUUGAUAAUAUUCAAUUACUUGAUGAAAAUUUGAAAGAUAAUAAUAUUUCACAAAUAGAUAAUAAUAUUUGGAGAAUAGCACCUAAUAAUACUAAUGUGGCAGAAGCUACACAUGCUUUAAGUAAUCAACGUGGAAAAGGACAUAAAUUAGAUAAGGAAAGAUUUAUGACGAUUAAUAUUCAUCAGCAAUAUAAUAUACCUCAACAAGGACAUAGUAAAGGCCUUAUAUCACGUAAUUUUUUAUCCAAUAAGCGCAAAGUUACUGAAUCCGAAGACACUAAUGAAAGCAGUAAUGAAGGAAGCUCAAAAUCUGACAAGCUAGAAUAUUUAGAAUGA